GGAGCGGCGGGCGGGGCGGCAUGGAGAUCGAGAUCUCGGCGGCGGCGGCCUUCAUCACCCGCCUCCUGCGGGCCGCCGGCGGGAUCGACGAGGAGCAGCUGCGGUGCUUCCGGGAGUGCCUGCAGGCGGCGCUGCGCGAGCACUACAAGCACCACUGGUUCCCCCUGGUGCCCUCCAAGGGCUCCGGCUACCGGUGCAUUAGGAUCAACCAUCAGAUGGACCCCUUGAUAGGCAAGGCAGCGGGCAUGAUUGGACUGAGCCACGAGAGACUCUUCCAGCUCCUACCCAGCGAACUGACUCUUUGGGUCGACCCUUUCGAAGUGUCCUACCGCAUAGGUGAAGAUGGGUCCAUCUGUGUCCUCUACGAAGGCCCCCAGCCUGACGGGAGGGCCAGCCGGGCGCUGGAGGGCCGGGGCAGCUGCAGGGGGGACUGGAGGACAGGCAGGUCCAGCCCUUCCAAGAGGUCCAUGAUGACACAGUUUCUAGUUAAAAAUUGCUGUUUCUUGUAGAGUGAUGUGUGUAUCCCGAAGUUAUAGUAAACUUAAACGUAACAGAUUUUUUUGGUUUUUAGUUGUUUGUUUGGGGUUUUUUCCACCCGAUAGUCAUGAAGGUUGUAGCAGUACUGCCGAGUUCUUUGUGGCCAAGGGCUAAUGUAUAAAGCAGGUCUUUACACUGCAUGUUCCCUUCUGUGUCCUGUAAAUGCACUGUACAGCCAGUUGAUUGUUUUACACAUUUAUAUUUUGGCUAUUUGUAAUAAAAAAGCAAUAUUGUAGCAUUCUUUAUGAUGGAUUUUAGUCAAGAUUAACACUUGCUAAAACAUUCCUCAGCUUGUAGAGCAAUAACACGAAAGGGGGUGGGAAACAAAUCUGCACAUAAAUCUCCAGUGAUUUGUCUGCACAGACUUCUCUCAGGGUUGUUCAAGUUUGGCUGUGAGGCACAAAUCACAAAAAUAACUCUUAUUUUUUCCCUUUUCAAAGCAUGCAUUUAUUUGAGGGCCAGAUUCCAUCAUGCCCCAACGUUUUGACAAAAAUAAUUGGGGAAUUAGUUUGUCUUGUUAUUUCCAGUCAUUGGAGUAGAAGAAUAAAGACUUGCUCAAACUGC